GCAUGCAGAUACAUUCGGUCUCAAGAUCUGAUAGACAGACCACGCGAGAAGUUUUGCGCAACAAUGUUGAGUCGCGUCAUUUUUCUGAUUUGUUGUAUUUUAAUGGGUGAUAUUGUGAUAGCGUCGAAACCAUUGUCGAUUUUAGUGGUAGAGCCUGUUCCGUCGCCUAGCCACCACGUCUGGACGGAGCAUUUGGUUAAAGGACUACUUCGCAAAGGUCAUCAUGUACACGCAGUCAGCAUAUUAGAGACUAAGAUCAAGGGUAAACUCGCGCAGAAUUUAACAUACGCCGUUUUCGAUGAUCUAAUGGAUACUUAUGAUGAAUCUAAUAAAUAUGACCCACUUGAAUGGCAGAAGUAUAGCGUAUUUUAUACGGCAUAUUUUGUAUAUCAGUGGGGUAUUAACGCAUGUGACACAAUGAUAAAAACUAAACCAGCGAGAGAUCUUUUGAAAGUUAUUAAAACAGUCGAGUAUGACGUAAUAGUGCAAGACGUUACUUCAAUUCAAUGUUUCUACGGAUUAUGGGAGAUUGCUAAAGGCAAGCCACCCAUAGUAGGCUAUAUUCCUUUUGGUGCUACACCUUAUCUUAAGGAUUAUAUCGGUGGUCCAAGUUAUCCGACUGUUCGAUCUUACACACAUGCAGCCAUUGCAAAACCUGAAGGUUUGUGGCUGAGAACGUGGAAUACUUUAUAUUACAUUGUAGAUGAUCUCAUACGACAUUACUAUUUCUUCCCUAUUAUUCAACGACUUACUGAGGAAUAUGUAGGCCAUGCAAUUAGACCAUUACAUAAAAUAGAAAGAGAAAGUAUAAACAUUGUACUAAUUAAUAGUCAUUCUGCGCUCGAAUCUGCGAUACCAAUGCCACCGAAUACCCUAGAGAUUGCAGGAUUGAAUGCUCAGGCCGUGCAACCAAUUGCCGGCGAGGUAAUCGUAACGUAUCCUGAGGAUGUGCGCAUAUUUCUUGACGGAGCAAAAAAUGGAGCUAUCAUAAUAUCGUUAGGAACGAAUGUGAAAUGGAAACAUCUCAAUUUAGACACGGUUAAAUCUGUUAUACGGGCUCUGUCGAAACUCAAGCAGCGAGUGCUGUGGAAGUUAGAUAUUGAAGUGCCAUUUGAGAUACCGGAAAAUGUGAUGGUUAUGAAAUGGAUGCCUCAAAGCGAAGUUUUAUCUCAUAAAAAUGUAAGAGCAAUCUGGACACAUGGUGGUCUUCUGAGUGCGCAGGAAGCUAUUUGGAAAGGCGUACCAAUGAUCGUAAUGCCUUUCUUUGGAGAUCAAAAAUCCAACACAAGAAUAUUAGUAGCUAAAGGCGUUGCCAUAUACUUGGACAUUACAACUUUGUCCACGCAGUCGAUAUUACACGCAGUUGAAGAAAUACUUUAUAAUGAAAGUUAUACGAGAAACAUGAAACGGUUAUCCAGCGAAUUCCGGGAUCGGCCAAUACCGCCAUUAGAUUUAGCUGUUUGGAGUGUUGAAUACACCGUCCGCCAUCCAAAUGGAACUUUAGUAACACCGCUGAGAUCUCAGAGCUGGGUGGAACGAAAUCUGAUUGAUGUUUACGCAUUUUUAUUUCUUAGUUUCUUCAUAAUAUUGUUAAGUAUAUUCUUUGUAAUAAAACUAUUGAUUAAUCUUUAUUAUAAUUAUGUGUACACUGCAUCUAAUUUACGCAAGAGUAAACAAGCGUAAGUCGCAUUAAAAUGUAUUAACAGGCUUUGCGUGCUGUAUAUAAUGUUAAUGUAAAGAAGUGAAUAUAGCAUAAAUAUCGAAAAUGUUGUAUUAAUUGCAUUGAUAUUGUAAUUAAUAAUAAAUUUUGUUAUACUAAAUUGUAAAAAAAAAUGAAGAUCAUGGUAAAUAUUAAAAACGUUUAAUAAAACAGUUUUGAUGUAUAAAAGCUCUUUUCUGACAAUAAAUAAAAUAAGACAUUA